CUUUUCCAUAGCUCAUGUACUCUACUUAUACCCUUCUACUUUCCCUUAAAUCUUGUCACUUCAUCCAAACUAAUCCCUCUAAAAAGUGUUCUUUUAGCUUCCUGUUUUAUUGAAGGGUAGUCCGAGUGAUAUUUUUUUUCUCAUUUCAUCAUAAUUAACCAUGGUUAAGACGAACUUUGUGAAUGUAUUAGUUAAUGCACUUGGGUUGGUUAGUCUAGUAGUAUUGAUGCAAAAAUGUGAAGCAGCUCAAUUUACAGUUGGUGGUUCUAAGGGUUGGUCUGUUCCUUCUGAUAAUUCUCCUGUUUUUAAUCAAUGGGCUGAAAAAAUGCGUUUUCAAAUUGGUGAUUCAUUGUUAUUCAAGUACCAAGCAUCAAGUGAUUCUGUGCUACAAGUAACAAAACAAGACUUUGACAAUUGCAACACACACUCACCAAUUGCUAAGUUCAAUGAUGGAAAUACAGAAUUCAAGUUGAAGAAAUCAGGGCCAUAUUAUUUCAUUAGUGGCAACAAAGACAAUUGUAACAAGAAUGAAAAGCUUGUAGUUAUUGUUAUGGCCAACAGAACUACCAAAAAUUCACCACCAUCACCCUCAACCAAUGCACCUUCUCCUGGACCCACCACCAGUGAUCAACAGCCACCAGUCACUUCCCCGCCGUCCGAUGAUGGGUCUACUUCAGCUCCUUCAGCUGAGUCUAAUCCUCCUAAAAAUGGUGCUACUUCUUAUAUCAUGAUGAGUGUUUUGGGUUCCCUUGGUGCUUUUAUGGGUUCUUCUCUGUUUCUUGCUUUUUAAUACUAUGAUAUGAUAUGUGAUCUCGACUUCUAAUACUAUGUCAAUUGUCAACAACCUAUUUCAGCUAAAAAUUUAAGCUGAUGAUUAAUGUUCGAGUUUUCAGUUGUAUUAUGUGAUUUUUUUAAAAUUUUUUCUUUUCUUUUAUAUUCAUUUUGUGAUGGUGAAUGUAUGAAUGGUGAAUGUAUGAAUUCCUGUGAUUUAUUGUCAAGAUUUGGUAAUUUGUGAUUGAUUGUUGUGUGGAUGAAUAAAAUUAAGGGGUCACACUUUCUUUGUGAUUAUAACGUUGAGGAUUUAUUAUUGUAUAUUGAUAGAUAUGCAAUAAUAAAUGUUUCU